AUGGACGACAUUUUCACCCAGUGCCGGGAGGGCAACGCGGUAGCCGUCCGCCUGUGGCUGGACAACACGGAGAACGACCUCAACCAGGGGGACGAUCAUGGCUUCUCCCCCUUGCACUGGGCCUGCCGAGAGGGCCGCUCUGCUGUGGUCGAGAUGCUGAUCAUGAGGGGGGCACGAAUCAAUGUGAUGAACCGUGGGGAUGACACACCCUUGCACCUGGCAGCUAGUCACGGGCACCGUGAUAUUGUACAGAAGCUGCUGCAGUACAAAGCUGACAUCAAUGCAGUCAAUGAGCAUGGGAAUGUGCCCCUGCACUAUGCCUGUUUUUGGGGUCAAGAUCAGGUGGCAGAGGACCUGGUGGCUAAUGGGGCCCUUGUCAGCAUCUGCAACAAAUACGGAGAAAUGCCUGUGGACAAAGCCAAGGCACCCCUGAGGGAGCUGCUUCGAGAGCGGGCAGAGAAGAUGGGCCAGAAUCUCACCCGUAUUCCGUACAAGGACACAUUCUGGAAGGGGACCACCCGCACUCGGCCCAGAAAUGGGACUCUGAACAAACACUCCGGCAUUGACUUCAAACAACUCAACUUCCUGACAAAGAUCAACGAGAAUCACUCUGGAGAGCUGUGGAAGGGCCGCUGGCAGGGCAAUGACAUUGUCAUGAAGGUGCUGAAGGUUCGAGACUGGAGUACAAGGAAGAGCAGGGACUUCAACGAGGAGUGUCCUCGGCUCAGGAUUUUCUCGCAUCCGAAUGUGCUCCCAGUGCUAGGUUUCUGUCAGGCUCCACCUGCCCCUCACCCGAUUCUCAUCACACAUUGGAUGCCAUAUGGAUCCUUGUACAACGUACUACAUGAAGGCACCAAUUUUGUUGUGGACCAGAGUCAGGCUGUGAAGUUUGCAUUGGACAUGGCCAGGGGCAUGGCCUUCCUACACACACUAGAGCCCCUCAUCCCACGACACGCACUCAACAGCCGAAGCGUAAUGAUCGAUGAGGACAUGACCGCCCGCAUCAGCAUGGCUGACGUCAAGUUCUCUUUCCAAUGUCCUGGGCGCAUGUAUGCACCUGCCUGGGUGGCCCCCGAAGCUCUGCAGAAGAAGCCUGAAGACACAAACAGACGCUCAGCAGACAUGUGGAGUUUUGCAGUGCUUCUCUGGGAACUGGUGACACGGGAAGUACCCUUUGCUGACCUCUCCAACAUGGAGAUUGGAAUGAAGGUGGCACUGGAGGGCCUUCGGCCUACCAUCCCACCAGGCAUUUCUCCCCAUGUGUGUAAGCUCAUGAAGAUCUGCAUGAACGAAGACCCCGCAAAGCGGCCCAAGUUUGACAUGAUCGUGCCUAUCCUGGAGAAGAUGCAGGACAAAUAG